UGUGAAAUGGCUCUGGCCCAGAUGGCAGCACCUGCCCUCCUGCUCCUCCUGGCGCUACCUGCAGGGGCCUGGCCCAGCCUGGGGCUGCCCCAACGGCCAUGUGUGCACUGCUGCCGCCCUGCCUGGCCUCGAGCUGCUCCAGGCUCAUACACUCCUGAGAGUGACAGGGAGAAGUGGCUGCAGGUGCCCCACGUGCGGCCCACCAUAGACAUCUCAAUCCUCAAAGGCGAGAAGGGUGACACAGGAGUCAGAGGUCACUCCGGUAGGAGCGGGAAGGAGGGCCCACCAGGCUCCCCAGGCAUCCAGGGCCACAAGGGCCAGAAGGGGCAGGCGGGGCCGCCGGGCACCCCAUGCCAGCGAGCCUAUGCGGCCUUCUCUGUGGGCCGGCGCCAGGGGCUGCACAGCACAGGUGCCUUCCGGGCUGUGCCCUUUGACACGGAGCUGGUGAACCUGGAUGGCGCCUUCGACCUGGCAUCUGGCCACUUUCUCUGCGCCGUGCCUGGGGUGUACUUCCUGAGCCUCACUGUGCACACCUGGAAUUACAAGGAGACCUACCUGCACGUCAUGCACAACCAGCAGGCCACGGCCGUGCUGUACGCGCAGCCCAGCGAGCGCAGUGUCAUGCAGGCCCAGAGCCUGCUGCUGUCGCUAGCAGCAGGUGACACCGUCUGGGUGCGCAUGUUCAAGCGUGACCAAGACAAUGCCAUCUACGGUGAGCACGGGGACCUCUACAUCACCUUCAGCGGCCACCUGGUCAAGCCUGCCACUGAGCUCUAGCUGCCACCACCAGCCCUUGAUGGCACUCGCUCCCCGGACACCCCGAGCCUGACCUCUCCCUCACAGCUGAGUGAUGCCAGUAGUGUCUGAGUGACGCCUGUGCAGUGAUUGAACGCCAAUUGCAUGC